AUACAGUUGCGAAGUCGACAACGCGACUUCACAGUCAUAGUAAGCCGCGAUGUACACACGCGAACAAGUGCACUUUGCAUUUGAAACAAAACACUCUCGACGCGACGUUUGACGUUUCUCCAAAGUUAAAACGAUGUUGCGUCGCGAUUGUGGUGAAAAAUGAGCGAGUCGAUGAAAACUAUGAAAAAUAAUUUGAACAGGUGGAAAAGCGCGAAUAGUGGCGGUGCUAUAUCUGUGUCUGUGUCACAUCAGUGCCAAAUUAGCAACAGCGGCAGCCAAACGAGCAUGGUUAGCGCCGCCAGCGGCACUGCCGCCUCCUCAAUCGCCGCUCCUCGCGCCCGCCUACUUCGAUCCCGAGCCAGCACGCCCCUGACGCCGCUGUCGGCACCUGAUUCUCCGGCGCGUAGGAGGGCCAUGCUUAACGCGGCAGUGGGCGGGGCUUCGGGCGGAUACGAUUCAGACGGAGGCGGAGAUUCGCUUCGAUUGGACAGAGCAGCGCAUCAGGCCGUCAAGCAGGAUAUACUCGGGGUGAAGGCGAUGCUUGUCAAGCUUAAGAGGGUAUUGAAUGAGGCGGACGAAGAUGUUUUGAUGAGGUCUGAAACUCACAACCCAUUGGAUAGCCAGACGAUUCUGAGCAAUGGGAUCUUCAGCAGCCCAUACCCUGACACCGCGUCAAAUUGUGACAGCUUACACGAAUCAGAUGAUAGUGGCACCAAGGCCAAAUUCGAAAUGGCUGAAUUAAGGAAACAGGUGCUGUUCCUGCAAGGGCAAAUAGAAGACAGAGAAACAACGAUUCAGUCCAUGCAAGAACAGAUGAUCAAACUGUCAAAUGAAAACUAUCACGCAAACUCUGCACCUGCGUCAGUGACAGCUGACUGUCAAAUGUGCAAUGCUGCCACACAAACUGAACGAAUUCGACCGAUAUCUGCUGGUCCUUCUCUGCUUAACGGGUCUCCAAUUGAUGGAACUGCUGCAUCUCUAGUCAGUGCGAGUGAUUCGUCGCCAGUGCGCAGGGGUGCGCACCGCCAGUCGUACCACCACCGUCACCGCCAAGCAAAAGCAGCGACGCCAACGACUCCUCAACUGUGGCGCAGGCCAGGGGAACCACCCGCACCGACGCAGCACCAUCAGCAGACAAGCAGUACUUCAUCCCCCUCCAGGCGCCACGGCUCGUCGCCCUCCUCUAUUCCAAGGCGAGCUCGCAGUCGAUCCAAGACGACACACGUAGUACCGAUGCCAGCGACCUCUUCCUGAGCAACUCGGCUGCCUAAGAGAUUAGCGAUAGGUAUGGGAAGAAGCGCUUCUGUCAAAAAAGUUGAUAAAGGCACAGUACCACCGGUGGUACUACAUGCUGGUACCAUUUGUACAAAUACCGAUGCCAUCAUGCCAUAAGCCUAUUUGUCCGGAGUUUAUAACUUACGUCCCCAUAAGGUUAUGAAGUCGAUAAAAAUGUGAUAUCAUAGGGUAGGUAGUACCAUCCAUUCUUGUACCAAUGUCAGCGCCCUCUUCGUGAAUCCAUCCGUUUGCAAUUUGUACUUACAUUCUCAGAGGGGUAGACAGUUUGUAAAGGUGUACCAUCGGUGGUACCAUAAGGUGGAACUACUUCAUAAGUGCUGAUGCCAGCAUCCUCUUCGUGAACUGAGCUGGUUGGACUUAUGUCUUCAGAAGAUGAUAAGCUUUAUAAAGUGUAGUACCAUCUCCGCCAGCGUCCUCUUUGUAACGUCAUCCGUUUGGACUUUCCGUUUACAUCCUCAAAGAGUUACAAAGUUAAUAAAAGUGUUGUACCACUCGUGGAUGUGUAGGGUGGUACUAUCGAUGCAAUUACGAUUUUCGUAAACUCAUCUCUCCGUGCUUUUCAUACUUACGUCCUCAGAUGAUUAUAAAGUCGAUAAAAAUUCAGUACUAUAGGGUGGUACCAUCCACUCAAGUACUGAUAACACCCGUUAACAUCCGUUUGGGAUAUGUACUUAUAUUCCCAGAAGAGUAUGAAGUUUGUUGAGGUGUAGCAUCAUCGGUAUCAUCGGGUGGUACCGACUUCUUAAAUACCGAUGCUAGCGUCGUCUUCAUGAGUUCAACUGGUUGGACAUACGUCUUCAGAAGGUUAUAAGGCCCUAUAAAGUGUGCCAGCGUCCUGUUUGUAUACGUUCGGGCUUUCGAUUUACGUCCUCAAAAAGUUAUAAAGUUGAUGGAAGUGUAGUACCAUUGGUGGUUCUAUCAGUGCAAGUACCGCUGCCAUUACGCUUUUCGUAAACUUAUCUAUCCGGGCUCCACACUUACGUCCUCAGAAGGUUAUAAAGUCAAUAAUAGUACCAUAGGGUGGUACCAUCGGUUCAAGUACUUAUGUUUACACCGUCUUCGUGAAUUCAUCCAUUUGGGCUGAGUACUCAAAUUCCCAGAAGGUUAUGAAGCUUUCCCAGCUGUAGGUACCAUAGGGUACUCCCAAAUUCAAGAGCACCUAUGCUAGGGUUCUCUUCAUGAACUCGAUUGGUUGAACUUCUUGAGAUGGUUAUAAAGCUUUAGUACCAUCGGUGGUAUCGUGGUGUGGCGCCGAUAUAUCACGUAUACUUUCUGAGCUUGAUAACCUUCUGAGGAAGAAGAAACAAACAUUUUACGACUAUUGUAUCGUUUACAUUAUAUCAGCUAUCUUUGAGAUUUUUUUCUAUUUAUUUCUACAGUCGGCAGUUCAGGAUUUUGCGCUUUUUUAUAGACUCUUAUAAGCAUUUCAAUGCAUUUUCAAAAACUGUACUGUUUAAUAUCUAUCACUUUAUCGAAAAAUCUCAAAAAUAGCUUAUCCUUGGUUUUGGAGUUACUUAUGGAAAAAGUUUACAAAUUUUAAUUAUUAUAUCAUCUAGGAUAGCAUGAAGAGAACCUUUUUGGAUUGAUAGUAAUUAGAAUUUGUACGUAUGCCAUGAAGUAUGUUUAAGUAUAUCCUCCCAAAAAAAACAAAAUCUGAUGUUAGCAGAAUAGUUCAUCCCAUGUAUGAGCAAAUAUAACUUAGCAUUUAUUAAUGACAAGUAUUACAAAAUGUCCGAUAUUUCUUUUUUCCGGGGAUAUCGUUGAAGGAAGUACAUUUUUAUUUGCCGAUACGUAAUACUAUAAUAACGCCCCUUAAAUUAAAAUGAGCCUACAUAUAUAACAAAUAUUAGCACAAGUAUUCCCACAUUAGGAAGAAAAUGUUGUGAUUAUAUCCAAUAUCAUCAAAUCAAAACUUGAACUUUAAUGCCAAUAAUUUUUUUACCUGCAGCAUAUACAAUACUGCUCAGCAGCACAACUCUCGAAACGACACACGGCGGUGUAUCUACACUAUGAGGUUAUGGGCCCAGACGUACGCGGCGUUGCCAUAUUUCGUCACAUUACUAGCGUGUACCGAAAAAUAGUUUAUAAUGGCCACUUCAUGGGUGCCUGUGGUUUGAAAUAUGUUAAUAUGUGAAUCAUACAUGCAAGGUUUAAAAAGUUUUAGGAUAUUGAAAAUUAAUAAAUGUAAAUAAGUGAAUAAAUAAGCUAAAACGGUGUGUUGUCGAAAUAAUAGUAAAAAACAACAAAUUGUUAAACUAAAAUAUUAUUCUUCAAAUUUAACAGAAAAAGGUAAGUAAAUAAACUAAGAUAGUAUUAUCUGAGAAAAGCUAAAUGACGAAAUAUAUAGUUAUUAAAAAAUUAACAAACAAAUAAACUGAACCAGUAUUUUCAGAUAAAAAUAACAAAACAUGAGGAAAUAAACUAAAAUUAUGUUUAGUACCAAUGUUUUUUCUAUUAUUUCUACAAGUUAAUGUCCAUUUUUAAUUUAUCUAUUUUAAUUAUCCUGAAAAUUUUUAGUACUUGUGUGUAUGAUUCGCAUAUUAUUAAUAUAUUUCAAAUCUCAGUCAACUAUGAAGUGACUAUAAACCUCUAAUAAUCGAUUUUUCAGCGUGUGCAUGGACAAUCAGGUAGCGAAAUAUGGGAACACCACGCUGUCAAAAGUUCCAACUAUUCCUUCUUCCUGAUCCUGAUCGAUAAUCGGUGUCGCGUGGACUAUUCUUGAAGGUCACUCGUUUUGUGCUGUUAUUUCACGUCAAAAGGAAUUGCUGGAAAAUGGUAUUUUGAAAAAACAAAUUUCCAUAUAAAAAGUGUUCCAUCCGGGAUUUAUAUAUACGGAGUUACGUAUUAAACUGUUACGAUAAACAUGCAAUAACCCCCAAAUCCGUUAGUUAUCAUAUGUUUCUUGUUUGUUGAAGUUUUAUUUAUUUUGUAUAAUUGUACGC